UCUCAGUCCUCGCUUGAAAUAUCAGUACACUAUUCGGACACAACAUUUUGGUUUCAUCAUGAUUCCCUGUCACUUCAGCGUUCUGCUGCGCUUUCUUUUGCUUGCAUCUCCCACUGCACUGGCUUCAGUUUUCUUAAGGCACAAGGAAGCGAGCAAUGUAUUACAAAGAGCUAGGAGAGCCAAUUAUUUCUUAGAGGAGCUUAAAACAGGAUCACUUGAGCGUGAAUGCCUAGAAGAGAAAUGUUCAUGGGAGGAAGCAAGAGAAAUCUUCCAAGAUGACUUGAGGACAAAAGAAUUCUGGACAAUCUAUACAGAUCCUAAUCAGUGUGACUCCAACCCAUGCCAGAAUGGCGCGACCUGUAUUGAUAGGCAUCAAGACUACUUUUGCAUUUGUCCUCUAAAAUAUGAAGGCAGAAAUUGUGAAAUAGGACCAGAAAGCAAGCUGAAAUGCUUUUAUAAAAAUGGCAACUGUGAGCAGUUUUGUGUAGAUUCCCCAACUAUAUUAAGGCGGUGCUUUUGUGCAGAGGGAUACCGGCUAGCAAGUGAUGAGGUAUCAUGCAUCCCAGAAGUUGAUUAUCCUUGUGGAAAAGUACCCAUUCUGGCAAAAAAACAAAGCGAACGAGGAAGAAUCAUAGGUGGUUAUAACUGUCCUCCAGCCGAAUGUCCAUGGCAAGCUCUCAUAACAGCCAAUGGACAGGAAAAAUGCGGAGGUGUUCUGGUUGCUCCAUCUUGGAUCAUUACAGCAGCCCACUGCUUAGAUCGUGUCCACCAACAAAGCCUCAGGAUAAAGCUUGGUAAAUACAGGAUAAACCAUAAAGAUGAAGGCGAACAAGAAAGAAGAGUUGCUGAAAUGAUAAUCCAUGAAAAGUAUUCUUCCAAAACAGUUGACAAUGACAUUGCCUUGCUGCGAUUAGCAGCCCCAGUUAACUACUCUGAGUAUGUGGUGCCCAUUUGCUUACCACCUCCACGGUUUGCGGCAGACAUCCUGAACUAUGUUGAAUUCUCAACAGUGAGUGGGUGGGGGCGUCUCUUAGAAGGUGGGGCUACUUCAGCAAUCCUUAUGCGAGUGCAAAUCCCCAAAAUGCACAAAAAGGAAUGCAUUCUGCACACAAAAUUCAAUAUUACAGACAACAUGUUCUGUGCAGGGUAUCUCAAUGGGACUAAAGACUCUUGUGAAGGUGACAGCGGUGGACCUCAUGUCACUGAGUACAGGAAUACUUGGUACCUAACGGGAAUUGUGAGCUGGGGUAAAGGGUGUGCUGCACUAGGAACAUAUGGAGUUUACACAAAAGUCCUAAGAUACUUUCAGUGGCUAAACUAUUAUAUGGAUUCCUAACACAUAUUGCUUCCACAUUGUCCUUCUUUCAUUGUCCAAGUCCAUAAUUUUUAACCUUUGAAUUUUUGAAAUAUCUGAA